AUUAAAUAUCAAAAUGUGAAAAUAUAAACAGUACGAAAAUUUUUAAAAUAUUAAAUAAAUAUUAAAAAAUAUUAAAAAUUCUGAAAAGCUAUAAUUAAAUUCGAAAAAUAAAUGUCUAUACCAGGUUGUCAGCAUAUAGGUAAGCUCAGAAACGAGUGUGAGCACGUAUACGGUUCUGCUAAUAGUUAUACGAGAAGACAUCAUGAAGACCCCGACUAUGUGGAUGAGAAUGAAUGGGAAUUCAUACGCACGUUCAGCGAUCAGACGCAUAAAAACUAUUUGUUAGCACGUCACUUGAAGGCCACUUCGAAUGGGCAGUGGAAAACAUUGCAAUGGCUUAUGCAAGGAGAUCUGGAUGCGGUCUUAGAUAAGCGUAUGGCCCACAAGACGUCAAGAACAGGUGCAAGAACCACUAAGGCUGGUGAAUGUUGUGACGACUCAACAAGGGUCGAUAAGUCAUUAUUCGUGCCACUCACGAGCUAUUUUGGUCCAGAAAGAAUUGAAGAAUUUGUCGCACAGAAGCAGGGAACCCAGCAUCUUUUGGAUUUCACUGUGAAGAAAAUGAAAGAUGAGAAAUUGGAUGUGGAUGUUCACGCUAAUGAAAUCAGAAAUAUAGAAACAUUUCCAGAUAACGAUCCGAAUCGAAUAAAGUAUGGAAAAAAGAUAGCAGACAUGGUAAUGAAUGAUAUAGAAACAUUUCCAGAUAAUGAUCCGAAUCGCAUAAAGUAUGGAAAAAAGAUUGCAGACAUGCUAAAGAAGCGCGCUCUAGGCACUACCGGAUUUGCGCGUAUUGAUGAUGUUCAUGCUAGUGGAAUCAAAGAUAUAGAAACAUUUCCAGAUAUCGAUCCGAAUCGAAUAAAGUAUGGAAAAAAGUUUGCAGACAUGCUAAAGAAGCGCGCUCUAGGCACUACCGGAUUUGCGCGUAUUGAUGAUGAUCUCGAGCGUGUUGGCCGCAAGAGAUACGGACUGGAAUUGGAGCGCACAGGUGCAAAACCCGCGAAGGCUGGCGAAUGUAGUGACGACUCUACAAGGAUGGAUAAGUCAACAUUCGAGCCACUCACGAGCUAUUUUGGAACAAAGAGAAAUGAAGAAUUUGUCGCACAGAAGCAGGGAUCUCUGCAUCUUUUGGAUUUCGCUGUGAAGAAAAUGAAAGAUGAGAAAUUGGAUAAGUAUGUUCAAGCUAAAAAAAUCAAAAAUAUAGAAACAUUUCCGGAUAACGAUCCGAAUCGAAUAAAGUAUGGAAACACGAUUGCAGACAUGCUAAUGAAGCGCGCUCUAAGCACUACCGGAUUUGCGCGUAUUGAUGAUGUUCAUGCUAGUGAAAUCAAAGAUAUAGAAACAUUUCCGGAUAACGAUCCGAAUCGAAUAAAGUAUGGAAACACGAUUGCAGACAUGCUAAAGAAGCGCGCUCUAGGCACUACCGGAUUUGCGCGUAUUGAUGAGGAUCUCGAACGACCAGAUACGAACGACCGCAAGAUAUUCGGACUGGAUUUGGAGCGCACAGGCCGGGUGAAAAGUAUGACCGAUUAUUCACACCGUCCAACGGCUGGUUAUUACACAAACUACAAGCGAAAUGCAGAGAAGAAUCAAAUGAAAAAUUACAUAAAAACUAUCAGCAAAUUCUAUGCAAGUGUUGCCGAACCGCAGUCUAUCAAAGUAGACAGUAUCGAAAGGUUGACGCAAACAAUAGAAGAGGAAUUCUAUAAAACUGUCUCAUAUCACAUACCCUCAUACGGAAAACGGGAUCCAUCAAAGGUGCGUCUGUCUGCGGUUAUCAGAAAGUUAAAGAGUAUGCCGGGCUAUGCAGCUUUUCAAGCUGUUUUGUAUCAUGAGCCAUUUGAUCGCAACAAACCAUGGACCUGGAUGCGGACUUUCCCAAAACGUAUACCCAAGGAGUAUUUGAAAAGAGUAUCUGAGAACAUAGUAAACGAUAUGAAGAAGUGGAAACGCCAACAAAAGAUUACUGCCUUGACAUAUUCCCCAGGCAAACGAAUUAUAGACGUGGCAAAAAGUAAGCGUCUGCAGAAGAAGCGUGGAAGGCGGAAUUUGAAAACUCGAAACCAAAAAGAAGUCACGGACAAUGACGUUGAUAUUGUGGAAAAGCAAGAUUAAACAUUAUAUUUUGGAUCACUAAAAACACACUUCUUAAAAACAGAGUAGAUACUUUUUUGGACAAAGGAGUUUUGUGAUUUCUCACUGAUAUUGAACACGAGUUUAUGGAUUUGUUUUAAAACGAAAUUGUCUCCUUGAAAUCUUUUGAACCUUUAACGGCUUAUCGUGACGAAAAUUAAGAUUAUGAAACAAAUUACAUUUUCGUAGAACUUUGUGUAUAUUUCAUAGUUCAAAAUUUGCAUAAUUAAAAUAAAAAAAUUGUUUACGUUU